AUGCUCUUCCGCUCGGGCAUUGUCGCCUCAUGGCGGCUGUCAUGUAUCGUGAUUGCAACGUUGGCUUCACGCACAGCCUCGAGUCCGUCGGUCAACGUCGCGCUUCAAGCCUCAUUUGACUCCGGUCCCUAUCUUAUUGAGCUGCUAGAAACAGCAGCCGAAGAAAACCCGACAUCGUACUUCCCCCUACUCGACCGCAUAGCCGAUGGAACCUUUGACGACUACGUGACGGAUAAAGAACUAUACGAUCGUUUCCUCCAAGUGGUGGUUGAAGAUGGACACCUCAGCAGCCCCGAGAGCCUCUCAUCUUUCAAGCUAUCCCUGUCGAUUCGAUCCGCUAGCCCUCGGAUUGCGGCCCACUACCAAUUCUACAAUACCUCGGUGCAGCACUCUCUCAUGGCGGCGCAGGAUGCCGCUUGCCCGGUGUGGGUGCACUCGGAUGGAAAGCAAUAUUGCUCAUCUGCAAUGGAGCGCGCGCAGCAGGAUGUGGAAGGAGAGCUAGAUGGUCGUGAAUUGCCCUUUGAUCGCAUUCUAGGACACCAAUCUUUACCCCCGGCGAUCCUGUAUGCGGAUGUGGCCUCACCGAUGUUCAAGGACUUCCACCAAACGCUGAGCGCUCUGGCUAAGGAAGGAGAGAUCUCCUAUCGAGUACGGUAUCGGCCGCCUCAGCAUUGGAGCUCGCGGCCGUUGUUUGUUUCAGGAUACGGUGUUGAGCUUGCUUUGAAGCGUACGGACUACAUUGUGAUCGACGACCGUGACGCCGAGCAGCGGGGCUCGAACAGUGCAGAGUCGGCGGAAACGGAGGAAGCCCCCGACGACCUGAAGCCGUUGUCAUCGUCUGAAGUGUCGCGGCUUGGGUUGAAUACAGUUAGCUAUGUGGCGGAUAGCGAAGACCCGCUUGACAUGCUCGUUAAGUUGUCCCAGGACUUUCCCAAGUACUCCGCAACCAUCGCCGCCUACAACGCGAGCGCCGAGCUUCACAGCGAGAUCAAGGCAAACCGUCUAGGCAUGCUCCCACCAGGUGCCAGUGCGAUUUGGAUCAACGGCCAUCAGAUCGAUCCGAGACAAAUAGACGCCUUCUUUCUGGUCGACCAUCUCCGCCGCGAAAGGAAGCUGAUUGAGAGUUUUCGGGGCCUAGGACUUUCAGCUACCGAGGCUGUAAACCUUUUGGCUCACGAUCUUGUGACGGAGUCCGUGGCACAGGUUACACCGCAGCGUUAUGAUUACCGGGAUGAAAUCGAAGGUGGUAACGUUAUCAUCUGGAUGAACGAUUUGGAGAAGGAUGCAAGGUACCAGUCGUGGCCAAGUCAAUUAACAGCCUUCCUUCAACGCACGUACCCUGGUCAACUUCCUCCAGUACGCCGGGAACUGAACAACAUUGUGUUUCCGAUCGACCUAACUAGUAUCGAAGACGUGGAUUUGAUCGUCACUACACUUCAAGUCUUCGUGAAGAGGAAGAUUCCAGUCAGAUUUGGUAUCGUUCCUCUGGCGACGUCGGAAGGGUCCAUCGCUCAGCUGAAGGUGGCUCAUUACCUGCAAGAAACGUUCGGUUUGGCCAGUCUCAUGGCCUAUUUGGAAGAGGCGGCCAAGAAGCAUAAGUUGGCAACUCCGGACAUGACCGUCUUUGCAGCAGCAACUCAGGACAGGACUCCGAGGGCCGAGAAACAGGCUCUUACGCUGGAAGAGGUGUUGAACAAAGACGAAUUGGAUACCUCGGCUCGCAAUACUGCCAAGUAUCAGGACCGUCUUGGUAUUCAGGCCGAAUCCCCCCUUAUCAUUGUCAACGGCAUCCCCGUCUUGCGUGGUGAAAACUGGCCUCAGGAGAUGAGUGCCAAAGUCGAGAAAGACUUGCGUCUGGUUCAGCAAGGUAUUGCUGAAGGUCUGUUCGAGGAAGAUGCGUGGCUACCCAACUUCUUCCUUUCUCAGGCAUUCGGCCGUCGCGUUCCCUGGAUUGUCCCUGAAGAUCCCAAAGAAGUCGAGCUUGUGGAUCUAGGUAAAGUUUCGGCACAUACGGGAGAUCUUAUUGAUAAAGUACCUCGAGUUGCAGCGCUUGUUGAGCCCUUGGAAAGUGUCCACAUGAUUGUCGUUGGCGAUUUCGGUACCAAGGCCGGUUUGAAAAUGCUCAUCUCGGCCCUUGAAAUCCAAGUGAAGCAAGACAAAACGGAGAUUCUCCUCAUUCAUAACCCGGAAAAUCCUUCAUCCAAUGCUGCAGCACCCGCUCUCAUCUACCGUUCUUUGAAGGAAGGAAAUGCCGUUGAUUCUGCACGCAUUCUGGCGGACAUCCUAUCCCCUGCCUCGUCAGACGCUGACCCACAAGAGGCCACUGAGUUCUGGUCGCAGUUCCGGCCAUUGGUUGAAGCCCUUGGUCUUUCUUCCGGCACGAACGGUAUCAUAGUUAAUGGCCGAGUUGUCAAGCCCACUCAGGAUGUGACCGUGGAAGAUCUCGGCCAACUGUUGCUUUACGAAGAUAUCAACCGAAUUGGCACUGUCACAAAGGCUGCGAAGGAUCUGGGACUCGCCUCUAAAAUCUCAGACCCGCUUUCGUUCGCGAAGCUCACGUCGCUUGUGGCUCUUUCAACAGUCUCAGAUGUCCCCGAGGGCCUUUAUGAAACGCCGUCCGACGCGCGUGUUCAGUUCUUCGAAAAAUGGAGUGAUUCUGGCUCGGUAAUUACUGUUGCUGGGCCGGAUGCUCCUACAAUAACUAUCGCUGCCGCUAUUGACCCGACGUCAGAGAUGUCUCAAAGGUGGCUACCGAUCUUGAAGGCUCUUUCCGAGCUGGAUGGUGUCAAGCUGAAGCUUUUCAUGAAUCCACGGGAAGAGAUCCGGGAACUGCCCAUCAAACGCUUCUAUCGCUAUGUCCUAGAUUCGCAGCCUUCAUUUGGCGACGACGGUUCCGUUUUACGACCGACUGCUACCUUCUCGGGUGUGCCCGUUGAAGCGCUGCUUACACUCGGCAUGGAUGUCCCGCCGUACUGGCUCGUUGCGCCCAAAGACUCCUUGCAUGACCUCGAUAAUAUCAAGCUGAGCUCGGUGAAAGCAGGGUCAAACGUUGAUGCCAUCUAUGCACUGGAGCAUAUUUUGAUCGAAGGGCAUUCGCGUGAUCUGACCACCAAAUCCGCUCCUCGAGGGGUUCAGUUGGUUCUUGGAACUGAAGAAAAUCCAUACUCUGCCGAUACUAUCAUCAUGGCCAACCUUGGAUACUUCCAGUUCAAAGCACAACCGGGCUUAUGGACCAUCAACCUCAAGCCAGGCCGCAGUGAACAGAUAUUCAACCUUGAAAGCUUGGGCCGACUGGGGUACAGCCCACAGGCCGGCGAUGACAGCAACGAAGUUGCAUUGCUUUCCUUCCAGGGCAAGACUCUAUUCCCGCGCCUAUCUCGUAAGAAGGGACAAGAGAAUCAAGAUGUCCUCGAAUCAGGCCCAAAACCUGGUUCAGCCAAGGACUUCAUGUCGAAAGGCCUCAAUUUCGCCUCCAACGUCUUGUCCAGCGCCGGCCUUACCUCCAAAGGCAGCGAGGCAAACGCCGACAUCAACAUCUUCUCCGUAGCCAGCGGCCACCUGUACGAACGCAUGCUCAACAUCAUGAUGGUCUCCGUCAUGAAAAAUACCAAAUCAACCGUCAAAUUCUGGUUCAUCGAGCAAUUCCUCUCCCCAUCAUUCAAAUCUUUUCUCCCCCACCUAGCCGCCGAAUACGGCUUCCAAUACGAAAUGGUCACCUACAAAUGGCCGCACUGGCUGCGCGCGCAAAAGGAAAAACAGCGCGAGAUCUGGGGCUACAAGAUCCUCUUCCUGGACGUCCUCUUCCCCCUUUCCCUCGACAAAGUCAUCUUCGUCGACGCCGACCAGAUCGUCCGCACGGACAUGACCGAUCUCGUCAACUACCCCCUCGACGGCGCCCCCUACGCCUUCACGCCCAUGUGCGAUUCCCGAGAAGAAAUGGAGGGCUUCCGCUUCUGGAAACAGGGGUACUGGAAGAAUUUCCUCCGUGGAUCGCCAUACCACAUCUCCGCCCUCUACGUCGUGGACCUCAAUCGCUUCCGGGCCGUCGCGGCAGGAGACCGUCUCCGCGGGCAAUACCAGAUGCUCUCGGCGGACCCGAACAGCCUUAGUAACCUGGACCAGGACCUGCCGAACCACAUGCAGCAUCAUAUACCGAUUAAGAGGCUGCCGCAGGAGUGGCUGUGGUGUGAGACUUGGUGCUCUGAUGACAGUUUGAGCCAGGCGAGGACAAUCGAUCUGUGUAAUAAUCCGCUUACGAAGGAGCCGAAGUUGGAACGGGCGAGGAGGCAGGUUCCCGAGUGGACGGAGUAUGAUGAUGAGAUUGCGGCGUUGGCGGAGAGGGUUCAGGGGAGUGAAGUUGAGGUUGAGGUUGAGGAGCAGAUUUUGGCUGAUGAGAUUGAGAGGGAGAGGGAGGAGGCGAAGGAGGAGCAUGCGGAGUGGAAGAAGGAUGAGCUUUAG